AUGAAGCAUCUCCAUUAUGUAUGCCUUCUCCUACUCUCUUACACUGGCCUCCUACUAUGCGCCGUCAGGCCGGUGAGGGCCGACGUCCGGCGUGAAGCUGAAGCACUUGUGAAAUGGAAGGCCAGCUUGGCCGGUGCUGAUGAGUCCCUUGGAUCAUGGUCGUUAGCCAACUCCACCAGCCUUUGCAGAUGGGCACACAUCAGUUGCAACUCGGCUGGGCACAUCAUAAGGCUCAACCUUACCAUAGUCAUUCUGAACGGCACACUCGAUAGGUUUGAUUUCUCGGCAUUUCCCUACAUGGAAGAUCUCAUCCUGUCCCAGAAUGGUCUGUAUGGCAUCAUUCCACCAGGGAUCGGCAACAUGACAAGCUUGAUCCAGUUGGGCAUCACCCUCAAUCCGCAUUUGAGGGGUGCCAUUCCACGCAGCAUUGGCCAGCUCAUGCACCUUGUUGUACUAGAAAUGUCAGUUUUGGGGCUCGAUGGCACACUACCUGAAGAGAUUUCUAACUUGACAAGCUUGGAGGAGCUCCAUCUCGACUCUGUUACUUUGACUGGAUCAAUCCCACCAACAAUUGGGAUGCUCACGAAGCUCCAUGCACUGAGCCUGUCAGUCAACAAUCUGACAGGGAGCAUUCCACUUGAGAUUGGAAACAUGACUGAACUGCAGGAGUUGGAUUUUUCAGUGAACUAUUUGGAAGGGCCGCUACCAGGUACGAUCUCCCAUUUGAUAAAACUCCAGGGUUUACUUCUGUCGGAAAACCAACUCGGAGGCCACAUCUUCCCCGAACUUGGGAAUAGCAGCCUCCUGGAUAUGGUUGAAAUUCAGAGGAACAACUUCUCGGGGGUGUUCCCGUCAUCCAUUUGUGUAGGAGGAGCACUUCGUACUGUCAGUGCUGGUCAUAAUGGAUUUACCGGCAUUAACCACCAGACCUUUCAAAACUGCACAACCCUGCGUUAUGUUGACUUCACAGCAAACAACAUUGUUGCAGAGCUAAGGGCCUGUUUUGGUGAGCAUCCUCUUACCACCAUGGCUUUAGGUCAAAACCAGUUGUAUGGCACGCUUGUGACUGAUCAGGGCAAGGAUUUCUUUUGUAACUAUACCCAGUUAAGCUUUCUAGACCUAUCAAGUAAUGCCUUACGUGGAGGCCUCUCCCAGUGUUUCUGGGACAUGGCAAAUUUGGUGUUCAUGGAUUUGUCCAGCAACUAUUUCAGUGGUGUAGUUGCAUUCUCGAGGACAUGUGGAGAUUAUCUUAGCUAUCUACACCUAGCCAAUAACAAUUUCAUUGGAACCUUCCCUUUGGGUCUUAAGAAAUGCAAAGAGCUGAUCACUCUAGAUCUUGGAGGCAAUAAUUUCUCAGGUACUAUACCAUCUUGGAUAAGCAAGAGCUUACCUGGACUCAAAUUUCUCCGUCUGUCAUCAAACACGUUUGAAGGUGUCAUACCCCACCAGAUAUUGCAAUUUCGCCAACUCCAGCUAUUGGACUUGUCAGAAAACAAGCUCACCGGACCCAUUCCAGAUGAUUUUACGAAUUUUACUGGCAUGACACAUGAACAGGAAAAUGUUGACUAUGUAGAUACUGGCUACUAUGGUCACGCACAGCAAAUUCAAAUAGUUUGGAAGAAUGUCGAUUAUCUUUAUAUUAUGGUGAUGGCAGGUAUAGCCGGCAUUGAUUUUUCUGGCAACUCUUUGUCACAGGAGAUCCCAAAUGGGCUCACAACCCUUAUUGGAAUCAGAUACCUGAACUUAUCACGAAAUCAUCUGUCAGGUCUUAUUCCCAAUGGCAUUGGCAAUCUUGUACUGGUGGAAUCCUUGGACCUUUCGCAGAACCAGCUCUCGGGAGAAAUUCCUCCAAGCUUUGCAGCUUUGAAGGCCCUGAGUGUUCUGAACCUCUCAACUAACAAGUUAUCAGGGACGAUCCCUACGGGAAGUCAGCUCGAGACAUGGAGGUAUUCAUUCUAUCAGUAUGUGGACAACAUGCAAGCGAAGGUGACCAAGAAGAUACGAAGCUGCAUUUCGUGCUUCCAGGUCAAAGGGCCUGAAUGAUGAAGUGCGUCGCUUGUUGUUGAAGUAAUGGUGUAUGGUGUCCUAUAUCGAGCAUCUGUGUAAUAUUUCCCUUCCUUUGUUAGUUGGACGGUUGGUUGUAAAAGUACUUGCCAGUAAUUUGAUGUU